GUAAUGAGGGCAGAUCAAAUUUUGUGUGAAUUACCAUACUCUCAAUGGUAUUAUUCCCAGUAGUCUGUGUUUUACGGUACCCAGCAGAUGGUGGUGUUCCCUAUAGUCUGUGUUUUACGGUACCCUGCAAAGUAAAAAACAAUUUAAGUUCAGUGACCAAGGAGGCUGACAAUAAUCAGAGGAAAUGUCAGAAUUAGGACUCAGCUUCCCUCGCCUCUGGCGAUCUCCAGCAGAUGGAGAAUAUGGGCGAGACCCACGCAUAGGGAGGGGUGACUGUGAGCUGUCCGAUCAGAGCGAGGGUCCCAUCUUCCCACUGCAGCGUUUCGGAGCCAAGCACCGCUCCCGCAGUGAGGCCAACCCAAACACCACACCCCCGCCCCCCCAGCUGGUACAGGUCGGCUCAGCUCCCCCAGGGGUGCUACGUCAUCGGGUGGAUGUAGAGUGAAACCACCGUUAUCAUCCCAUCACAGUGUUGGGUUACAGAGAAACCCUUCCUCUAUACCAACCACUCGAACGGCUUGAAUAGCCAGAAAUAAAAAGGAACAGAGCCAGAGGGUCAGGACAAAGGAAGAACAUGCUGGUGAAAAUCUCCACCCUUGUCACUCUGCUAUUCGGCCUUGCACUGGCCUCAGAGCAUCAGCUCUUGCGGGUCAGGAGAGGCACAAGGAGGAUUAACUCCAUUUCUCAAAAUUACUGCAGGGACUCCACCAACCAUCACAUGUUCCUGGAGGGCGAGUCAUGGCUUCAGUCGGAGAGAAGAGGGGCAAAGUACUGCCGAUGCAGCAGUUCGGCGAUAUGGUGUCACAGAGUCCAGGCGCAAGGUUGUCUCGAGAACGUGUGCUACAAUGGCGGGAAGUGUCAGCAGGCCGUGUACUCGGCACACCAGGUCUGCAAGUGCAAAGCCGGGUACGAGGGACCGCUGUGUGAAAUCGAUACCAAGGAGCACUGUUACAGAGGUCGUGGCACCAGCUACCGCGGUAGGUGGAGCAAAACCGUCUCCGGGAAGCAGUGCCUCAACUGGAAACUGACCGCCUUGGUCCAGUCACGCUACAACGCCCACGCCACCAACGCCCAGCAGUGGGGUCUGGGGAACCACAAUUUCUGCAGGAACCCCGACAACGACACGGUGCCCUGGUGCCACGUCUACAACGGACACAUCAUUACCUGGGAGAAGUGCAGCGUCCCCACCUGCCUUCAGCAAUUCAAAGACGAGUGCUUUGUCGAGAAUGGAGCGUUGUACCGCGGAACGAAGGACUACUCACAGUUCGGGCGACCCUGCCUCAGCUGGGACUCUGAGGUGCUGCGACACAGGGAACACAAUGCUUGGGUGCCCAACGCCCAUGCUCUGGGGCUUGGCAGCCACAACUUCUGCAGGAAUCCCAACGGAACUCCAGAACCAUGGUGCUACGUAAAGGGAAGGCGUGGAGUCACCGUGGAAUCUUGUGACAUUAAACACUGUAACCCAGCAGAGGAGAACUGUGGCAAGAGAGACCCCAUGCCCCAGCACUUCCGGAUCACAGGUGGAGCAUUCGUCGACAUCACCUCCCACCCGUGGCAGGCAGCCAUCCUGUACUAUGACAAACGGGGCAAAGCGCUGCGGUUCCGAUUCGGAGGGAGCCUGAUCGCCUCGUGCUGGGUCCUGACCGCGGCUCACUGCUUUGAUGAGAAGUACAAGCCGCAAGAGCUGAAAGUGGUGUUGGGCAGAACGAAGGUGGAGGAGAGUUCAGUCGGGGAACAGAUACUGGAGGUGGAGGAAUACUACCUUCACAAGGAAUACACUGAAGAAACUUACGACAAUGACAUAGCCCUCAUCAAGCUGCGCUCCAAGGAUGGGAAGUGCGCCAAGAUGACGCGGUCCGUGCGCACGGUGUGCCUGCCGCGUGAGGGGCAGCAUCUGGCCGACUGGACGGAAUGUGAGAUCUCCGGAUACGGCAGGGUGAAGCCGUACGAUUAUAAAUUCUCCUUGAAGCUGAAGGAGGGACACGUACGUCUCUACCCGGCGAGCCAAUGCACGCCGGCCCGGCUGGAAAACCACACCGUCACCAAAAACAUGAUCUGUGCUGGCAAUACCCAGGGCACCAAAGAUGACGCCUGCAAGGGCGACUCCGGAGGUCCGCUGGUCUGCCAGGCAAAGGGGCAGAUGAGUCUACAAGGCAUCAUCAGCUGGGGCAUCUCCUGCGGGAGGGAGGGAGUUCCCGGCGUCUACACCAAGGUGGUGAACUACCUGAGAUGGAUCUACAACCACAUAAACAAGCGCACACUCCCCUAUUACAAGAGCUUCAACCAGCAAGAGUAAAUGACGCAGGCAGCACCUCCGACCCCAUGCCUGACCACCCCCCCCCACCACCCCAGUGCUGAGGACAUAGUGACAGAGGAAGCUCACCCCCAGGCUCUGCCGGACGUCGGGGUCCCUCUGACGAGCUGCUUUCUGGCUAAAGCAGAACUUGCUCUGCCCGCGCUGAUGGACACUUGCCGCUUUCCGUAGUAUUCCGGCACAACCGCUCCGCUCCGAUCCAGUCCUGUACCGGCUGACAUCCCAACACCUCCCCUGGGAGACCCUGUUCUGUCUGCAGCCUGGCGACUCUGGGUGGGGGAGAUGAGCCUGGGGUCUGAGUCGCUCAUACACACACACAUAUAUAUGCAUACCUAUGUACACUGCACACAGACACACACACACACACACACACACACACUCACACUCACACUCACACUCACACUCACACACACACACACACACACACACACACUCACUCACACACACACUCACACACACACACACAC